UUCGCGUUCAGUCCGUCGGACUUGACCUUGUGGAAACCCAACUUCGUAGCUAAAUCUCGACACCUUCGGACAAGAUGCCUUUACGAAUAUCAGGACUUUCAGCAACGCCAGUGUCUGGAUGCCGGCUCUCUAAAGACCACCUCACCCUCGUCGUUCCUGUUGCAGUGGCGGCAGUCGUGGGGACGUAUUUGAUCAGCAGGUACUACAGCAGAGCGAGCUGUUCCAAGGGAAAGGUGAACCUGGAGCAGAGCAAAGACACUGCCAAGGUGGUGCACAGCUUCGACAUGGAGGACAUUGGCAAGAAGGCUGUCUACUGCCGCUGCUGGAGGUCCAAGAAGUUCCCCUACUGCGAUGGUGCCCACACCAAGCACAACGAGGAGACGGGGGACAACGUGGGUCCUCUGAUCAUCAAGAGGAGAGAUGCUUAGCCUAGACGUGCUGAGCAAAGUCCUAUGCGUUUGAUUACAGCCACGUCUACAGUCUGAUUUCAUCACGGUUUCCUUCCCAAUACUGCACAGAGCGAACGUCAGUCAGAAACAGUGUUUAUCAUUCCCGCUGCAGUUAUAAGUCGUACGGUUUAUAAAGCGUCAUGACAUCCAUUUUGCACGUUGGCUGUUCUGCAUCAGUGAGCUUUUACAUCACCUUAUUCUGACCCACACCACAGACGGAGCACAUGCAGAUGUACAGGUUGUGUUUUCUGUUUUUGUGGAGAUGUUUCUUGUGCUGUCUGUCUUUUCUCUCGCUCUUUCAAAAUGAACAUUUCCAGCCCAAAAUGUCAGCACUCCUACAUGCAUUACAGAACACGAAUGAACAUUUCAAUCUCACAUCUCGGAAACCACGUAAACUCCAAGACGCCUGCUGUAGAAUUUUUAAAUAUUCAAGUCCAUUUGUACGUGACUCAUGUCAGUGUUAAAGGAUCUGAGGGCAGGAUAGGAGUCAAACAGCAGUAGAUUGUAAUAAACAAAUUGCAGUCAUUUAAAUAGAGUUACUGGUGAUCUCAGUUUAGGAUUUAGGAAUUCAAAUCCAGUACUUGAAUUCUGUUUCUGGUCCUGGAUUUUGUAAUCAAUAGUAGAUAACGGAACAGUCAAUGUAACUGAUUUGCUAUUUUACCAUCAACUAAACUAUAGGCAAAGGCAGGAUGGAACUUGGAAAGCUGUGAAUACUUAGAACUACCUGUUCUAUGACUACAAAAUC